AUGAAGUUGGCGGCUUCAAUUCCAGUGAAAGUGGAGAACAUGCAGCAGGCAGACGCCAUGAUGGGAGGACUCAGCCGAGCCGUCCAGGCGAGGCAUGGCACCACAGCCUACAACGUUUGGACUUUGCUGACCCUCAUGGAUACCAACUCCCUCACGGUGUCUGAGUUCAAACAAAUGGCACGGCGGCACCUUCCAACGUUCUGCGACGAUGAGGCAGCGUUUCCUUGGGAGAAGAUGACGGCUAUUGCCACGAGAGUGGCCUCAAGUGCUCUCAGGAGGAUUGAUGCCUUUCAAAGGCAAUGUCGCAAUCUGGAAGUCUUUCCGACCACGUGGUUCCGCGAGGGGAAGUACCUUCUCAUGGGGGAGCGGGUGCGUAGCUCGGAGUAUUUGACGGAACGGCAGCAAGAUCUGUGGGUGGCACGCAUGAUUCAAGAGCUCCGCAACAUCAUGGAUAAGAAGAACAUCAAUCUGGAGGCGGUUUCGGGCAUUAAAGUCAAGGAUGAGUGUAGCCGGAUCGAUGUCCCGGCACAAGCGCGCCUCAUGUUUCGCAAGCAAGCCAUCGAGUAUGAGAAGGGGGCUUUUCAGCAGCACUUCCGCUGGACCAAGGACGAGGAAAUCAAGCUCGUGGCUGCGUUUGCGGCUGGGGCCGGUGCCACGAAUGCCGCGCCUCAGCGGUGGCCAGCUGUGGCUAGCCUGCUGAGGGCGCGGAAGGAGGCAGUGGAAGAGAUGAAGAGAGCGGAGACGGCACAGCAAAAAGCUGACGCCAUGAAGCGCUUGGAUGAGGAGGCGGAGAAAGGGAGCUCCGCUCACAGUGCCUGCCAAGCCCUGCACAUGGCCACGGCGGCCGAGAGACUCGCGGAGCUCAAGCCUCAGGCGGAGCAGGUGCUUCAGGAGGCGCUGGCAGUCAUGAAGGCUUCGGCUGAGCGGAGACAAGGUGAGGUCUCUUCGGAGGUGGCAGAGCAGUAUGCUGUGGCCGAAAUCCGCAAAACGGCCAAGGAGUUGCCAAAGGAGUGGAUUCAGAGAAUGAUGGAUAAAAAGGUUGUUUUGCUUUGUGAUUUCAACAUGCUCGAGGAGACGGAGCUCCCCGGCCUCAUCGACGGACUCCUUGGUGACACGGUCGAAAGCUGCUUCUUGAAAGGGCCGCAAUCUCUUCUCCUUUUCAUGCUUCCCCUCUCUCCAUCUGUUUCCGCGGUGGAGACUGCUUUGCUCACGAAGCUCGCCCACCUCACCGUCCGGCGCACAGUCAUCCAGCUCAAGGCGCCCCCGGCCUGGAGCACUUGCACCUGCCUACAGCUUUUGGCCGUGCACAGCGCUGAAACGGGCGCUUGGGCCAGCGACUGUGCGUUCCCUGACUUCUUUGUUGCAAGCACCGAUGGCCAGCACAUCCUGCGGGGUGAGAACAGGCACAGUGUUGGCACAACCCGUCAUUGGGGGCGGGUGUUCUAUGCGGAUCUACUCCGCGCCUUGGGCAUCUUGCGGUUUUGUGAUGAUCCCAAUGCCCCUCUCGUGUUCAUCGAGCUCGAGUUGUCCCACGGUCAGCUUUUCGAUGUGCUAGUGGAGAAGAGCAAAGCCGCCCACUGGCUUGGAGGCAUCUAUGGGAUUGCGCCGGCUCGGGCCGCAGCAAUGCGGCGCCGGAUUCAGGAUAUGGCCGUGAACAGAUGGACGACAUCGCGGCAGCUCAAGAGGAACACUUCGGGGGCCACGGCAACAUUAGCCGAACUCGCAGCAGUGAUUCCAGAUCCAGAAGCCGCAGCCAUCCCAAGCACGCUUCAGGAUUACUACGAGGCCAUGCGCAAGAAUGUUCAGCUGCCUCUCCAUGAGACGUUUGUGAUCAGGGAUCCGAAUGAGCCAUUUCCAGAGGUUGGCUCUGGGCCGCGCAAAGCAUUGCUGCGCGACACAGAUGCGGUGACGACGCCCAUGCCUCGCCAGCUGAGUUUGUGGCAGGGCAUGCUCGAGUGGGACGUCCUGGUGCACCCCAGCUUGUUUCAUGCCGGUCAUGCUCUCUUGCCAGCCCGAGCGUUUGCGCAGAAGGAAGUUGUGAUGAAGAUCACCGGAAGUACUUGGACAAAAUGGCCAAACCCAGGCUUGAAGAAGGUCUUGGCCGUGGCUUUCGGGAACAAAAACAAGGUAUCUUGUCAAUUGGCCAUGGAUAUCGCUGACCAUGUCGGCAGCCUUCUGCAUGUGGGCCCCGCCUUGACGCAUCCCAGGCUUUGCCUCCUGGAGGCUGAAUGGCUCUUCUCCACAGCGCACAACCCUUCCUUGGUGCUGCGCGCGGCCGAGCCCAUCGCGGCCUUCUCAGGCGAGCUCUCAUUUGCAGGGGAGCUUACUGACAUGCUGGCCAAGAAUGAGAAAGAUCCCAAGGGCGCACCGGCAGUGGCCAAGAAAGACCCGCAGGAUGCCGGCGCAGCAGUGGAUGUUGAGGCAGCGGCUUCAGGGGCUUGUGAGGAGAACAAAGUAGAAGACAGCACAGUGGCUGAAAAUCUCACGGGUAAGGAAAGUGAGAAGAGGGGUCUGGAGAGCCUGUUUGAAGAUGAGGAUGAUGACGAGGUGGAAAAAGUCUUGGAGCCAGUCAAGAAGUCCGCCCGGCUGGAUGAGGACAAAGAGAUGGUAGAGGUGGCGGAGGAUGCUUCGGAGCCAGUUGGGAAGCGCGCACGGCUACAUGAUGAUGCAUUGUUUCAGUUCGACCUCACCCAGCAGGGCAUUGAAGUGACCAGGCUUGGGCACAAGAGGCGACUUCGCAAGUUCUGCGUCGUUUGCUCCAUUCCCGGCGGAACACUUGGCAAUCAGGGCAGCGUCCCCUGGAACCCGUCCAAGUCAACAAGGGUGAUUCCCUUGAUUGAAGGAGGGCUUGGGGAUGUCACGACUUUGGGGAACUACAUGAAGAGCCACGGCCAGAUCACUCACAUAGAGGGCCGAGGCCAGCUGAACAAGAAAGGCGACAUUCCAAAGUCCAAGCGCGGCAUUGCGUGGCAGCCGCCAAACAAUGCAGACCAGGAGGCCAUUGACCUAUGCCACAGCCAGAAAGACUUGUAUGAGUUCGUGUUCGUGACUUCCGUGGAGCAGAAGGGAGAGAGCGAGUGUUGGCUGAAGCUCAUGGGUGCCGCAUUGCUUCUGAAGAAGUCCUGGACCGUUCCGGAAAGCGUCAAGACCUCACUGAUCUCGCCACGCGGGGAGAAGAAGUUGAACAAAGAGGCGGAGGCGGACCUGGAGGAGAGUCAUGCAGAGCCGGAGGAGAAUCAUGCGGAGGACAUUUUUUGA